AUGUGGGGUGCCCUCUCGGUGCAGAGCCCUCCUGAACUCUGCACCCAGCUGCUGCUGGUGCUGAGGGUCCUGGCCAGUGCCAGUGGGCAGAUCCCACGCCUCUGUGCUGGCAGCAAGCAUCUGGCGAGCCGCCAGCACUGCCCGUGCCUCGGGCUGAUGGUGGUUCCGGGCCAACUCUGGUGGGACUUCCGGCUGGGCUGGCCCAGACAUUUCUUCGAUGAGCUGCGUGCGUGCGAGCCCCACUACUCGGGAAGCAACUGUGGGGAGUGCGCCGACGGCUGGCCAGGCUCCCGGUGCCAGCUCCGGUGCCUGGUGGAGCAGCAGGACCUGUGGAAGAUGGGCGCGCCGGAGCAGGAACUGUUCCUAGACUGCCUCCUGCUGGCCAAGCGCACUGUCAGCCCACAGUACCUCCUCUACAGCAGCCCCAGCGCCAUGCUGAACCUGCCCUUCCGCUUGCGCGAUGCCAGCCUGUACAACAUCUUCAGCUGGGUGCACUACCUCUACUCCAAGGACCGAGGGGACGACAACCCAAGCUCCUUCGCCCACAAGGGCCCUGGCUUCCCCUCCUGGCCCCACGCCUUCCUGCUGGCUUUCGAGCCAGAGAUGUGCAACCUGACAGGAGACCAGGACUUCUACGUGCCGUACUUGAAGCUGGGCCGGACAACAAGGCUGUGA